ACGAAGUUGGCAGGCAGUUUGUCAGACUUUUUGAUAAUGUCCAACGUAUCCUGGACCGGGACAUUUGUGAACAAUGAAAACACAUCAAAACUUACUGGUCACAAUGGAUCUCACAUCAAGAAUUCUAUUGAUUUUGUGAACAAAAUUACAAAGAUCAAAACAAAACCCAAUGACAUACUGGUAAGUUUUGAUGUGGUUUCAUUGUUCACAAAUGUCCCGGUCCAGGAUACGUUGGACAUUAUCAAAAAGUCUGACAAACUGCCGGCCAACUUCGUCCCACUAAUAGAACAUUACCUAACUUCGACCUAUUUCCAGUUUCAAAGAGAGUUCUUUGAACAAACCUCUGGAGCAGCAAUGGGAUCCCCUGUUUCACCCAUUAUUGCGAACAUUUUCAUGGAACAUCUCAAAGGCAAAAUUCUGAAAAAAACACCCUUCAAACCUUCCACAUGGUUCCGAUACGUAGAUGACACAUUUGUUAUAUGGAGCCACGGCAAAGAAACUCUCCCACCCUUCCUCGCUUUUCUCAACGCCCAACAACUAAACAUUAAGUUUACAAUGGAGGUAGAACAGAAGAACCAAAUUCCCUUCCUAGACGUGUAGGUUCAAAGAAACGGAGAUGGUACCUUAGGCCAUCGGGUUUACCGAAAACCAACCCACACUGACCGAUAUCUUUACGCAACCUCCCAUCACCAUCCUUCACAAAAGAAUUCAGUUUUUAGCUCAUUGGUAUAGA